GUGGUGAAGGCCUGUGUCGAGACGGCUACGAAUCAUCUGGACAUCAGCGGUGAACCGCAGUAUAUGGAGUCAAUGCAAUUGAAGUAUAAUAAGGCGGCCCAAGAGAAAGGCAUAUACAUUGCCAGUGCCUGCGGUUGGGAUAGUAUUCCCUGUGAUUUAGGCGUUCAGUUCCUUAAGAAGCACUUCAAUGGAGAACUCAAUUCCGUGGAAACGUUUCUUACCGUUAAGACGGGACCAAAUGGAUUGACCACAAACUACGGCACGUGGCAGUCGGCCAUUCAUGGCUUCGCUGCCGGACACGAAUUGGGUGCCCUUCGGCGUCAACUCUAUCGGGAAGUGUUUACUAAACGUCGUCCUCAGACUAAGUUUCGAUUGCCUCGAAAAUCGAUGCCAUUCCGUUCGGAGUACUUGAGGGGUUGGUCUGUGCCGUUCCCCGGCUGUGAUCGCUCUGUCGUUCAGCGCACACAACAAUACAGAUACGAGAAAUUGAAUGAAAGGCCGACACAAAUCGAGACCUACUUUACUGUCGGUAGUUUUUUGAGUCUCGUUGGUCUCGCCAUUAUGGGCAUAAUGUUUGGACUCAUGGCUUCGUUCCGUUGGGGCCGAUCCCUCCUCGAGGCCUAUCCCGCCUUCUUCUCGUUCGGCGCCUUCACUAAGACUGGUCCGACACGCGAGCAGAUAAUGGCCGCGACUUUUAGGACACUUAUUGUAGGGAAGGGUUGGAGCGAGAAGUUGUCCGAACCCACCGACGAACCCAAUGAGGCGCCCAAUAAGACUGUGAUCGUUAAAGAUAGGCCAAAACUAGGCCCUAUAGCCCGAGGCGGUGUGUUUACUCCGGGAGCUCUAUUCGAUGGCACCGGUAUUUUCGAUCGCCUUAAAGCCCACGAUCUGAACAUUGAAGUCGUUAACGACGAAUCGAUGCCUAAAUUCAAAACGUGUUCGUUUAGCGGAUGCCUGACUAACGCCAGAGACAAUCCCGGCGUCUCUUUCUUCAGGUACCCGACGAAAGACCCGCAAAGAUGCCUUGAAUGGGUCCGCGCGUCCAAUAAUGAUGUGAUUAGUGGCCAAUACCUGAGCGGAGGCCACAUUUCGGACAACGAAACGGUGUGUGAACUGCACUUCAGUCUCGAAGACAUAACCGUCUAUUCGUCGCGAAAAUUGUUGGCCACAAACGCCGUCCCCAUCGAUGAGGUCCGUACGGCUGUCCCACUCCAGGCCAACACCACUGCCGACACUAAUUAUGGCCACAGCUAUAAAAGUGGCAAAACGUUUGCCUCCCAUAAAGUGAACAAAAAAAGUUUUGCCCAAAAAACUAUCCGAAAGUAUAACAAGAGUUUCGCGAAACCCAAAUUGGCAGUACUCUUAGCGCCGACGUCCAUAUAUAUCGGGUACACAACCAAUUCUUCCACCAGUCGAAGAACUGGCCCUCAAAAGGCUUGGAAGGAUUGGCAUCGUUUUGGAGUAGAAAGGAUUGCCAUUCGACCACUUUAUCAUCGAGUUUCCUAUAGGGCACCUGUACUAACAGCGCUCGGAUGCUAUCAAUGGGCGCCUGCUCUAAGAGUUGACCGGAGAAGGCGGCGCUCCCGCAGUCGGACUCGAAUGCUUUGGUUCCCUUUCCCUCUUCGGUUUCGGUGCGACACAUAUGAAAGCCCAGACCCCAGUACGGGGGCAUCGCUGGCCGUCCGAUCACAUCCGAUAUCUGUUUGUAGACAUCACUCGGUUCGGGACCCAUAA